AUGGUUUCCGAAAGUGAAGCCCGUUCAAUAUAUGCUUCCGCAAUUCAUUUUGACGGCCUCAACAUAGCCAAUUGGUCUCGUUCAAUCUUUGAAUCAUGGCAUGCCGGCGGCAUCACCGGUGUUUCGUGCACUUGCAGUCUCUGGGAAAACUUCCGCGACAGCAUAUUGAAUGUUGUUCAAUGGAAAGAGUGGUUCGAAGAGCAUAGCGAUCUGAUUGUGCAAGCACACAGUGUAGCAGACAUCCGCCGCGCCAAGACAUCUGGGAAAACUGCCGUACUGUUGAGUUGGCAGAACACAUCGGGCAUCGAGGAUAGGCUCGAGUACCUACGCGUGUUCCGCGACCUUGGAGUCCGCAAGAUGCAAUUGACAUACAACACCCAGAACUAUAGCGGUGCCGGCUACACGGAACCCCGUGAUAGCGGGCUCACCGGAUUCGGACGCGAGGUUGUGGAUGAAAUGGCCAAGCUAGGCAUCGUCUGCGACUUGUCGCAUGUUGGGCCGCUUACGUCGGCCGAUGUCAUCGAGUACGCCCGCGCAGACAAGCCUCCCUGUUUCUCCCACGUGCUGCCAGGAGGGCUGAAGGACCAUCCCCGCAACAAGUCGGAUGAACUGAUUCGGGCUAUCGGUGCGAAAGGCGGCUUUGUCGGUCUUUCACAGUUUGGGCCGCAUAUGGCUCGUGGGAACGACAGCACCAUUGACGAUUAUGUCGAUGCACUAGAUUAUGUCAUUGGCCUGAUCGGAGAGGACCUGGUCGGAAUUGGGUCCGAUUCAAGUGAAGGUCACGGGCGGCCGAGCGACUUCAUGGCAUGGUGUAACAGGGACAAGGGUUAUGCGCGACGGCUUACGCCCUGGGGCAGUCAAAAGGUGGUUAAACCGUUGGGGCCUUUGGCGGAGCGAGCGGAAUUGGCUGUAUCUAUGGCGAGGAAAGGAUGGAGCGAGGAAAAGAUUCGUAAGGUUCUCGGGGAGAAUUGGCUUCAGUAUCUGGAAAAGAUUUUUGGCGAAUAG